AUGCCGAGACCUGCACGUAAAAAGCAGAAACCGACAUACAUACCGCAAUCCUGCACCAGCGUCCUGGAAGGCCAAAAUCAGCGGCAACAACCAAGCCAACCAGAACCGAAGGAGCUAUUUUUGUUCGGAAAAAGUAUCACCAUACACGAACAUGAUCAGCAGCUUUCGUACUACGAACAACUUCGAAUUUGGUUCCGGCAUGCAAACCCCGAAGGCAGUAAAUAUACACCAGUGCCUCGGAUGAGCUCCGUUUCUUCGCCAUCUGCAUCACGCCAUACUCAGCAGGAACUUGAUGUUCCGCUCGAUGACGGUUCGUGCAUCUUCCAGAAGAUACCUCAACCGCUAGCGACAGAUAUACCGCCUUAUCCAACAGUGGCUCCAUUGGAAAGGAGUGCAACAUUACCUCUGACUGUUAUAAACGAUCCAAAAUGUCUGCUGGAACAUCAUAAGGCACAUUGGAAAACGGUGCGUAAGAAUUGGAUUCUUCAUCGACAGCUAUAUCUGGAGCGGUACAAGCCGUGCAUGGAGUUUAUAAACUCAACAUACUCACCACCAAUGGAAGAUUAG